UCAGGCUUCGGUUAGUGAAGCAGAGGGAAUUAGACAAAACCAAUGAAUCAAUGAUGCGUCUUCGUCUUCGUCUCAGAGGUACGAGAAUGAGAACCCUCCCUUUUCGCAGAUCCUCCUCGCUUCUAAACUCAUUAACCACCCAUUUCUGCUACUGCCAUUACACUCGCAACAUCCCAUCCCCAAAUGCUCAUUCAAUCCCCCACACCCAAACCUCUUCUUCCGCCCGCUUUCCAAUCCAACAGGUGGUGGAGGAGGAGGAGCCGGCGGCGGAAGCUAGCCACGUCAUCUCCUGCAACAAAAGAAUAACCUCCUACAUCCGACGCGGCGACUUGACCUCCGCUCUCAAAAUAUUCCACAGCAUGACGACGAGGACCACCGUCACCUGGAAUUCAAUUCUCGCCGGACUCUCCAACAAGCCUGGAAAACUACAAGACGCACACCACCUGUUCGACGAAAUUCCCCAACCAGACACUGUUUCAUACAACCUCAUGUUAUCCUGUUACUUCAAAAACGGCGCCGUCCGCGACGCCGAGGCCUUCUUCGAUCGGAUUCCAGCCAAAGACAUCGCCUCGUGGAACACCAUGAUCUCCGGCCUGUGCCGGCACGGCCGGAUGCAAGAAGCCAAGCACCUCUUCUGUCGCAUGCCUCGACGAAAUUCGGUGACGUGGAAUGCAAUGAUAUCAGGCUACGUCCAAUCGGGGGACAUGUCGUCGGCGCUCGAGCUAUUCGCGGCGGCUCCGACAAAGGGCGUGAUCGCCUGGACCAGCAUUGUGACUGGAUACAUGAGGCACGGCGACGUCGAAUUGGCCGAGAAAACUUUCGAGGGAAUGCCGGAGAAGAAUCUGGUGACGUGGAAUGCGAUGAUAGCCGGAUUCAUCGAGAACGGAAGGGGAGAGGAUGGUUUGAAGCUUUUCAAGAACAUGCUCGAAUUUGGGGUUCAGCCAAAUCCGUCGAGUUUGAGUAGCGUCCUUUUGGCAUGCAGCAACCUGUCGACGUUAAAGUUCGGGCGGCAGGUGCAUCAGUUUGCGCACAAGUCUCCGGCAUUGUGUUUGGACACGACGGUCGGGACAUCGUUGAUAAGCAUGUAUUGUAAGUGCGGGGUUUUGUCUGACGGACGGAAGGUGUUUGUCGAGAUGACGUCGCGUAGCGACGUCGUAACGUGGAAUGCGAUGAUCUCGGGCUAUGCCCAGCACGGGCGUAGUCGAGAGGCGCUUGAUUUGUUCGACGAGAUGACGGGCACGGGAACGAGGCCAGAUUGGAUAACCUUCGUCGGAGUUUUGUCGGCAUGUAACCACGCCGGGUUGGUAGAUCUCGGGAUGCAAUACUUCGAGGAGAUGCAGACGAGGUUCGGUAUCGAAGUAAAGCUCGAUCACUACACUUGUUUGAUCGAUCUUCUCGGUCGAGCGGGUAAGCUCGCCGAGGCUGUCGAUUUGAUCGAAAGAAUGCCGUUCGAGCCUCAUGCCGCGAUAUACGGAACUCUCCUGGGCGCAUGCCGGAUACAUAAAAACUCAGAAAUCGCCGAGUUCGCCGCAUCGAAUUUACUUUGCCGUGAUCCCGAUAACCCCGCAGCGUAUGUUCAGCUCGCUAACGUAUACGCUGCGAAGAAGAAAUGGGAGACAGUCGCCCGGAUAAGGAAAUCGAUGAAGGAGAACAGGAUCAUCAAGACGCCAGGAUGCAGUUGGAUGGAGAUAAAAAGCGUCGUUCACGAGUUUCGAUCAGGGGACAGGCUUCACCCGGAGAUCAAUCACAUAAGAUCGAAGCUCGUCGAGCUCGGGAGGAAGAUGAAGCUGGCGGGGUAUGUCCCGGAUCUCGAAUCGUCUCUGCACGACAUCGGGGAGGAGCAGAAGGAGCAGCUGCUGAUGUGGCACAGCGAGAAACUCGCCGUGGCCUUCGGGUUGUUGAAGGUGCCAAAAGAGUUGCCAAUUCGGGUUUUCAAGAACCUCAGGAUUUGCAAUGACUGCCACCGCGCAAUCAAGUUCGUGUCGGCCGUCGAAGGGAGGGAGAUCGUCGUCAGAGACGCGACGAGGUUCCACCAUUUUCGGGAUGGAGAGUGUUCCUGCGGUGAUUACUGGUGA